UCAAACAUUCCAUUAUCUUCCAUUUUAACACUCUCUCAUCAUCUGCAAGAGCUCUUGAGCUUUCUUUCAAUAUCAAUUGCUUCAAUGGCUAGUGAAGGGCAUAAGUUUCCUCCCCAAAAGCAACCAACCCAGCCAGGGAAAGAGCAUGUCAUGGACCCUCCUCCUCAAUUCACAAGCUUUCAAUACAAGCCCUCCAACAAGCUUCUCGGCAGGGUGGCGCUCGUGACCGGUGGCGAUUCUGGGAUCGGCCGAGCGGUGUGCCAUUGCUUCGCGCUUGAGGGAGCCACUGUGGCGUUCACCUAUGUGAAGAAUCAAGAGGAGAAGGACGCCCGAGAUAUGCUUGGGAUUCUCCGGGAAUGUCAGGCCGCUGAUGCUAAGCCGCCGAUUGCUGUUGGCACCGACUUGGGGUUCGACGAGAACUGUAAACAGGCGAUCGACGAGGUUGUGGCAGCGUACGGUCGGAUUGAUGUUUUAGUCAACGCUGCAGCUGAGCAGCACAAGACGCACUCCGUGGAGGAGAUUGAUGAGCAAAGGCUCGAGAGAGUUUUCAGAACUAACAUAUUCUCUCAAUUCUUCAUGGUCAAACAUGCAUUGAAGCACAUGAAAGAAGGCAGCUCAAUCAUAAACACAACAUCAGUAGUGGCGUACAAGGGCAGCCCCCAGCUGCUAGACUACGCAGCGACGAAAGGCGCGAUCGUGGCGUUCACACGAGGUCUGGCCCAUCAGCUGGCUAGCAGAGGGAUAAGAGUGAACGGAGUGGUGCCGGGUCCGAUAUGGACGCCAUUGAUUCCAGCUUCCUUCGACAAGGAAGAGAUUGAAAGCUUUGGAAGUGAAGUUCCAAUGAAGCGAGCUGGGCAGCCAAUUGAGGUUGGUCCGUCGUAUGUGUUCCUCGCCUGCAACCACUGCUCUUCCUACUUCACUGGCCAAAUCCUCCAUCCCAACGGUGGGAGCAUUGUGAAUGGGUAAAUUUGAAUCGAGGUGGGUGGGAUCUAAGGGUGAAUUUUUUU